UCCCACCACUCCCUGAGGUUUGAGAAUUUGCUAAAAUGACACACAGGACGCAAUUGCAGUUUCAUUACAGCGAAAAGAAUCAAAAUGAAGAUGCAUAUAAGGAAAUGUCUGGAUUUGCCAUUGACUGCUAAACUAAGGGAUGGCACUUUAAACCUACGUAGCAGCUCAUGGAAGAAAGACCAGGCAAACUGCUUCCACAAACAUCACAGUCAACAAAACCCUAUAGAGUAGUUUUACUUUGUAAGACAUGGAGUUGCCAUGAGUUAAAGUCAAAUGGACAGUUUUUUGAGAGGAGGAGAGUUCUUAACACCUGCAUUGUAGGUUGUUAAGGAAGAAAACCCAGCUAAGUUGUGCAUGAACGUCUACCCUACAGAAACUAUACAGUCAUAAAUAUGUGUUGAUUGACACCAUUAAGUUUGUGUAAAUUUGUUAUGCAGCAUAGAAAACUAAUACAUACAUUGACACAGAAGGCUGUCAUCUUUGAGUGGGACCCAGUAUAGGAAAGUGCUCCAUGGCUGGUCUAGGUUGUAGGAGUGUCAGUGGUGAGAUGAGUCACCAUGUGGAGCUGAUGUUAAUCCUAGUGGGAGAAUAACAGUGCAGGUUCCUAGGAUUCUGGAGCAAGCCCAUGCUAUCUACAAUAAAGAAUUUCAUGCCCUUUGAAAAAUAAUUCCUGUCAUCUUAAUGGGUUGUGGUAGAGACUCUGGCAAGUGUUAGUUUGAGUGUCAGGAGCCCACAGAAAGCAUAAUUUAUUCUAACUGGGGUGACAUUUGGGAGCAGUGGGACUAAGUACAGACAGAAUGCUCCUUAGGAUUGAGGAUGGUGAGACUUUGUCUCACUUACAAGAGGGACAGAUCCCCGGAGAAUGACAUCAUGCUUGGUAAAAUAGAGGGUCAGCAAAAAAGAGAGAGACCCUCAAUGAGAUGGAUUGACACAGUGUCUGCAACAAUGGGCUCAAACAUACCUAUUAUUGUGAGCACGGCAGAGGACAAAGCAACAUUUUUUUCUGUUCACUAUGAGCCAGAAGCAAAUUGAGGGCAACUAACAACAACAACAGAAUUAAUUAAGCUACGUUUUUUUUUUUGGAAAUGUAAGAAGGUAUGGACAUCAAGAGAUUUUAUGAUUCCAUUAUACCACUAUAAUCUUGGGAAAUGUAAGCCCGUGUUUUGAAGAGACACAAAUUAAUUUCAAUUGAGUGGAUCAAGGGUUUACAAGGAUAAUGAUGAUUAUUUGAUGUUAAAUUGAAAAGCUAGAAUGUAGUUUGCUUUGUCUAUACAUCCCAACAUACAUACAAACACACACACACACACAGAAAAGUCACUCAACAAACAUCAACAGCAGUUAUCUGAAUUGUUGCAUUUCAGCUGAUUUUUAUUUUCUUUUGUGUUUUACUGUAGUUACCAUGUAUUCUAAGUCAACUGGCAUAUUUUAUUUAAUUGAUUUUUUUAAAGAAAUUCAUGAAGCACUUUUGAUGCGGCAUUGUUUCCAGUGAUUUGGAGGAAAUUAUAUUCUUCCAGAAUGGCUCAUGGGAGAGUAUUUCAUCUAAUUGAUGGGUUUAUGUUCUGAGAAUAAACAUUUCAGUAAAUAUUCUCUAGUGUCUAAAUUCCCAAGGCUCUGGAAGCAUACUUAAGCCUUACAUUUUGUUAAUAGAGGUUAAAUUCUAAUCCUCUCUGUCUCUCUCUUUUUCUGUGCUCUCUUGAGUUUUUCUGGGUAUUAAGAAAGGAAAAUCAUAUUCCUGGAAAAUUCAUUGAAAUCUAUUGUGGACUCCUGCUGUAUUUACCUACUUAAUAUUUUUAAGAAUGCUUGAAUUCUGAGUGGGAGCUGUCCUGCAGAGUAUUAGUAAUAGGACCUGGAUCUUCAGAUGAGCUGUCUUCAGGUUGGGUGAUGUAUCCUGUGUUAUCUUUCAGAAGUGCAUGGGGGGCUUUGAGGUUCUGCAACCUUUGAAACAAGGAACUCUCUGUGUUAUUCUAAAUGCCAUAUUAUCUACCAGGUCCAUGUACCUGCAGGUUCAGGUUGCUAAGCUCUACUUCCUUCCUCUUUCCCUGGGGCGUCAUUCUGAAUUCUGCUUUGAAACUAUCCACCAUACGCCUGACAUAAUACAAGCACACUGAAAAUAUAGUUAAAACCAAAAAAAUCAAAAUGUGGAUAUGUUCUCAAAACCUCACUAUAUUGUAAAGAAAAGAAUACUGUGCAUAAAAGAAUCAUGAACAUAAUAUAUCAUAAAAUUUUGUAUUCCUAAAGGUAAUGUCUGGAGGUAUGUAGAGAACGUGGAAAAUAUUUCUGGGUUAAAGAGAGAACGUUUCCUUGUGCUAUUCAUUUUGAUAUAAUGUUUUAUCUGUUACAAAUGCUGCAGUAGUAGACCAGAAAAGAGACUAUUCAAAGUAAAAAGAAUAAUAAAAUAAGCAAAUGAAUGAAUGAGUAUGUGUUGUUGAUGAGGGCCUGAGACUAUCGGCAUGACUGCAGAUGGACGAAUAGUAGGGAAUAGCUAGAGUAAGGCUUUAGGUAAAUAGAGCAGAGAAAGUCAGAUUUGUUGUGAUAGGUAAUAAGGAACAAGUGAGGUCUUCCAAACCAUAGACUGUCAUAAUAACCACAGUAAUCCAGGGCCAGAGAAACUGAUGAUUUCACAUUGUUGGGUAAGAUCACUACAGAGAGUUGGACUGUGCAUCAGCUACCACAAUGCAUCAGAUGGGUGGUUGGCGUUUGAUAUCCCUGCUGUAGGAACCAACCUGAGAUGAGAAAAGGAGGACCAGAGAGAGCCAGAUAGUGAUAUGACAUCAAAGGGGAGAGUAGGGAAAAUGUAUUGAAGGGUAGGAAUUGGUGACUUAAGACUAAAGAGGCCAAAAGUCCACAUUGUACCCUCAUGUCUAUUGCUAGAAACUUUGGCCUUUCCUCUAUUUCUAAUCAGUUUUAGAAUAAUACAAAAGUUUAAAAAUCAUAUCAAUUCAUAACAACACUAAAAAUUAAAAAAUGAGAAAGUGGGGAGCCUAGAUUUAUUGAAUUCCACAACUAUUACACUGAGUUAAGUAUUUACCACCAUUUUCCAAUUUAAUCCUCUCACUCUUAUGAGCUAUGGAUUAUUUUAUUUUUUUAAUAUUACUGGUAAAGAAACCGAGGCUCAGAAAAUAUGAGUAAUUCAUAAAAGAUCACAUAGCUGAUGGCAAUUCUGAACCUGAAAUUAAAUUUUUUCCAAAGCCCAUCCUUUUUUCAUUAUGCUGACUCAGGGGCUCUUUGUCAAUCUCCAGCCUAUUCCUCUUCCUCAUAUAGGAAUACAUUUUUUUUUCUUUUUUGAGUCAGAAAUAAUCUUUUAACUCUAAAGGAUAUAAUAAUCCCUUUCAACCUUGAGCAAUGCAAAAACGCUGGCAUGCUGUCUUCAUUUAUGGAAUUCACAUUAAGAAUCUUUUAUUAAUGUGGAAAUUUCAGAGGUGUGUUUCUUCUUGGUUACUUUUUCUUUUUUUUUUUGGCCUAUUCUAUAUUUUGAUUAUAAACUGUGGUUACAAGAUACUUCAUUUUCUUUCAAAAUAACACAUACAAAGAUUGCCUAAAAAAAGAUUAUCACAAAUAUAGCUUUAGUCAAAACCCCUGAAAAAUAACUAAAAAAGUAGUAUUCCUGUGAGUCGGAAUGGACUGGUUGGCAAUGAGCAUAAAACUAUUGGUAAACGUGCUCUGGAAAAUAUGGGGAAAUACAUUGUAACUUCCCCUCUGAUUCAGGGAAUCUAUAAGCGUUGAGGUAAACCUGGUGGCGUAGUGGUUAAGUGCUAUGGCUGCUAACCAAAGGGUAGGCAGUUGGAAUCCAACAGGCACUCCUUGGAAAUUCUAUGUGGCAGUUCUACUUUGUCCUAUAGGUCUCUAUGAGUCAGAAUCGACUCAACAGCACUGGGUUUGGUUUGGGUUCGGGUAUGAGCAUUGAAUGAGAUCAUAUUCCCGGUAUUGUUGUCAGUUAAAAAUAAAAAAAAUAAUAAUAAUGGAGAGUUAAAAAUAAUGAUGAAGUGGACUACAUGAGUAUUCGAAGGGCAUCAGAUGACUAAAUAAGAAAGGACUAAAAUGAGAAUGAAAACACAGGACUAAAAGAGCAAUAUGUCAAAAAAAAUGUAAGCUCAUUGUUUUUACCAGGGUGUUACAUUAAUUUUAGAACCCUAAAGUAAUUGUACAUUCAGGAAAGAAUCAAAGAAUAACUUGUAGAUGUACAAGGUUAUGUCUCCUUUAAGAAGCUCUGGUGAAAAGCAGUGGCUAAGUGCUUGGGUGCUAACUGAGAAGUGAGUGUUUCGAACUCACAAUCCUAACAGCAGGAAGAGAUAGGACAGUUUGUUUCCUUAAAGAUUACAGCCUUGGAAAACCUGUGCCAGCCAUUCUACUAUGUCCUUUAGGGUCGCUAUGAAUAGGACUCGACAGCAAUAUGCAAUCUGCAUAUUCCCUUAAACAUCCACGUAUUUUUUGCAAAAUUCAAACAAUAUUGUGGGCAUUUACAAAUGCUGUUUUCCUGAGCCAGGCUAUCUCUUAUGAUUCUCAGUCUCAGUAUUCUAAUGAUGGUGGUCUUAUGUCUCCUACUUCUCCUGAUCUUACCUUUAUAAUUUUUCCUUUAGCACUAAAUUUACAUUCUUUGUUUUCUUAGUGCUAUUAAUAAACAUGAACUUUUGGAAUGACAGAAUGGUGAAAUGCACAUGUUUUCUGAAACUGCUAUCCUGAAGAAAACUACUGAAGUUCUGUCACUCAAGAACAAUUUCCUGGGUUCAAAAUCCAGCUCAUCACUGACUAUACUGUGUAAUCUCAAACAAGGUCCUUCAGUUACAUAUACAUCAGUUUUCUUAAGGAAAUUAUGGGGCUACCUGUUUUAUAGUUUAUAGUGUUACUUGGAGAUGUAAAUUAAUUAAUACAUUUUAAUGUUUUAGCUCAAUAUUUGAAAUGGUAAAUGUUAUAUAAGUAUGUUAUUAUCAUUAAUAUUGUUACUAAUUUCUAUUAUCUUUACUUCAGAAUUUCUCUAGCAAUAAUCAUGGCGUUAACUGUAGGAAAUCAGAGUACUGGAGCCACAUUCACCCUCUUGGGCUUCUCAGAAUACCCAGACCUCCAGGUGCCCCUCUUCACGAUGUUCCUGGCCAUCUACAUGGUCACUGUGGUGGGGAACCUGGGCAUGAUUGUGAUCAUCAGGAUCAACCCCAAACUCCACACCCCCAUGUACUUUUUCCUCAGUCACUUGUCUUUUGUUGAUUUCUGUUACUCCAGUAUAGUUACACCCAAACUAUUAGAAAACUUGGUUGUGGGAGACAGAACCAUCUCCUUCACAGGGUGCAUCAUGCAGUUCUUCUUGGCUUCUAUAUUUGCAACUGCAGAAACAUUCAUAUUGGCAGUUAUGGCCUAUGACCGUUUUGUGGCAGUUUGUAACCCCCUGCUUUACACAGUUGUCAUGUCCUCAAAGAUCUGUGCAUCAUUAGUGGCCGGGCCCUGUGCAUGGGGUAUAGUUACUUCCCUGACACUUACUUAUUUUCUUCUGGCAUUAUCCUUCUGUGGUUCUACUAUCAUAAAUAACUUUGUCUGUGAGCACUCUGUCAUUGUUUCUGUCUCGUGCUCUGAUCCCUAUAUCAGCCAGGUGCUUUGUUUUGUCAUUGCCAUGUUCAAUGAGGUGAGCAGCCUGGUGAUCAUCCUCACUACUUAUAUUUUCAUUUUCAUUACUGUCAUAAAAAUGCCUUCCAACGGGGGGUGCCAAAAAGCCUUCUCCACCUGUGCCUCCCACUUGACCACCAUCACCAUUUUCCAUGGGACUGUCCUGUUCCUCUAUUGUGUACCCCAUUCCAAAACCUCAUGGCUCAUCGUCAAAGUAGGAUCUGUGCUUUACAUAGUGGUCAUCCCCAUGCUGAACCUCCUGAUCUACAAUCUCAGGAACAAAGAUGUGAAGAAGACUGCCAGAAAGUUAACGAGCCACACAAUACAAUCUUGAAGAUUGAUUUAUUUCUGGAAAGAAUUUGCUUUAUGAUGUUGAAUAUUGUUCAGUGUCUCUAGAAGAGAUGCUAAUUCAAAUUAUCUAGUCAAUAUACCCAUCUGAAUUUUACAUCUAUUACAAUACACCAGUUAUCUGAUAAUUUGAUCUCCAGUUACUUGAAUCUUUAGCAAAAUAGUUUUGAAUCGUAUGUGAAGUAAAUCAAGUGUAGUGGAUUGAAUAGUGUCUCCCCCCAAAAUACUCAUACCCACUUAGAACUUCAGAAUAUGACCUUUUUGGAAAUAGGGUCUUUGAAGACAUAGUUAAGCUAAAGAUUAAAAAUAAAAUCAUACCUCCUUAAAAUGAAAACUGAUUGCCAUGGAAUCAAUUCCCAUUCAUACCAACACUAUAGGACAGAGUAGAACUGCACCAUAGGAAUUCCAAGGCUGCAAUCCUUAUGGAAGCAGACUGCUACAUCUUUGUCCUGUAGAGCAGCUGGUGCAUUCAAACUGCCAACCUUUGGGCCGUGUUCUUAACUGCAGCGCCACCAGGAAUCCUUCAUACUCUCUUAGGCCGGGCCAUAAAUCCAGUGAGAAUCUCAUUAUGAGAAGUAGCCAAGGACACAGAGUCACAUAGGGAAGAAGGCCAUGUGGAGAUGGGGGCAGAACUUGGAGUUAUGCUGCUACAAGCCUUGGAACACAAGGAACCAUCGGAAGCUGGAAGAGUCAAGGAAGAAUUUUCUCCUGAUGCCUUCAAAGAGAACAUGUCCCUGCCAGUACCAUGAAUUCAAACAUUUGGCUUCCAGAACUGCAAACAAAUAAAUUUCUGUUGUUUUAAGCUACGAAGCUUGUGGUGAUUUCUUUUGGCAGUCCUAAGAAACUAAUACAAUAAGUAAACAUCAAACUGUAAAACUCAAAUUCCUUGAUUCACAUAUUGACAGUGUGAA